ACUCAUUACUGCCACAACGCUCUGCGACACGAGUUGGGUUGAACACGCUUCGACGGACGCUACUAUGGAUUUACAAGAGAUAGGGGCACAUUGCUCAGUGCAGUCGUGCAAAGAGCUCGACUUUUUGCCCAUAAAAUGCGGGUGUGGUCGGGUCUUCUGUAGACACCAUAUCUCGGCGGACUCUCAUGAGUGCCCUAACAUCACUCGUACUUCCGUACCUCUGGAAUCAACCUCCGAUGAAAAGCUACAGCGUUGUGCCUUUGUGUCCUGCAACAAGCCUAGUCUGGAAGCUUAUACCUCGACCGAUUCUACCAAUUCGUCUCAGAGGUUACGUGCCCUUUGUCCGCGAUGCCAGCAGUCCUUCUGUGCUGCCCAUCGAUACCCCGAGGCGCACGCUUGCACAGCAGAGGAACCAUCUGCAUCCCAGCAACCCAAGAAUGCGGCUGCGGUAGCUCUCCUACAAAAGCACUUCCCUGGGCAGGGCUCCCAGAAGCCUCCGGCACCUACUGCCCGGCCACAAUCCGCUCCAAAAACUAAAGAUCCGAAGAAACUAGCGCAGUUACAGAAGGUGCAGCUUAUGAAGAUGCGCCAUAGCGCCAUCCCCGGCGAUCAGAGGGACAAGACUGCAUCCGUUCCCAUAGACCAGCGGCUCCAUGUCCGGGUGUCUCUGGACGGUGGGGGACAAGAGAAACUGUUCUGGUUCCGCAAGUCGAUCGGGACGGGGAAAGCGCUGGAUUCCAUCGCAAGUCACUUUGCCAUGUCUUCAUCAGAUGCCAAGCCUUUAAGGUUAUACAAGGGCUCACUAGACUCGGACGAGCGGAUUCUGCUGGCAACAGACCGAGACUUGGCUGUGCAGGUCGAAGACGGCUCUCAUUUGGUACUA